AUGAGUUUGAUUCACUUGCUCCGAUCUCAGUCUCGCAAUCGCUUUUCUUCAUUAUCAACAAACUCUCCUUCAGUGUACCAGUGUUUUAGGUCAUCCACGUGCGGCCAACCGAUCAAUGCUAAUCCAAUAUUCAAAACGCAGAACAAUGCGAAACCAACAUUUAAGACUUCUUUUCAGCUUGGUACUUCUCAAGUAAGAUGGUUAUCUAAAGUUGCACCAACUGAGGAAGACAAGAUUAGCAUUGGACCUGCCAGUGGAAGACAAUCUGAGGAAGGAGACAAGGAAACUGGAAUUUUCUACUAUGGCCCAAUCUCAAGUACCAUAAAAAAACAAUGUCAUCCUAAAGGGUGCAGUGGCAUCAUCAGUGAUAUUCUUCAGUGCUUCAACAACCGCCAUCCUUCACUGGUUCGUCAGCCCGUACAUUCACAAACUCCGAUGGCAACCCGGUUCGGACAGCUUCGAGAUACCAAUAGGCCUUAUGUGACAUUUAAGGCUAAUGGGAGUUUCUAUUUUGUGGACACAGAACACUGUCACAAUAAGGCACUUCUUGCUAGACUCACACCACAGAAGGAAGCUCAUGACUCUGCUUUCAAGAACUUGUGA